AUGUAUUCUUUGAAAGUAUUUUGCAAAAUCUUAUUUGUCGCGAUAUUUAUCGGUCUAAAGCUGGAACAAAGUUCUGCAUCAGGAACAGGAACACCGCCAGUAAACGUUACAAAUGGAUUUUAUAUUGAAACAAGUAAAAAGGGCAAUUGGUUUGCUGCAUUUAAUGGAUGUUCGGCCAAACACAUGAAUCUGGUGGUGUUGGACACCAAAGAGAAAACGGAGGCUCUAACAAGGGAAUUGAAAAAAGUUUAUGGUAACGAUCAUCCGAACAUCUGGAUUGGUGGCAACGAUACCGCAAAAAAUCGCCAAUUUGUCUGGAUAACAGCCAAGAAAAAUUUCACCUAUACAAAUUGGGCUGGCGGUCAACCGGACAAUAAACGUGGUGUUGAACACUGUGUUAUGUUGUGGGAGAAUCACAAUUAUAAAUGGAAUGAUGGUGAUUGUUUAAGUAAAAUGUUGUAUGUCUGUGAAGAAAGGAAAUAG